AUGGCCGUGCAGUCUGUCUUUCAGUACAAUCAGUGUGAUAUGUGCUCCUGUGAAAGAAAACCUGGGUCAUCAUUUCUUCCCCCAGCAUUCCAUCUUCGGUGUUUUGAAAAUUUCAGUUGGUCAUCGUUCAAAGUACCUCUAGUACUGAAAGACAUCACCGUUUUUUGCUCAACAACCUUCAUCGAGAUUUUCUUUUGGAAGAACCAAGCACUCGUCCCCACUUUUCUUUGGUUGUCGUCGUUAUUGGCAAAGGAAUGCUCCACCGUGCUUGGAAAUACCUCGUCAACAUCUAUAUUUAGCUUUGGCUCACCAGCAGGAAAAGAGGCUGAUUCAAGUUCUGUUGAAGUUCGUUUUGGUAUCCCACAAAAAUAUGAAUUUAAUUUUAGUGGUGUUAGACCUCGCAGUCGUACAAAAACUCCAGUGUGUCCAAAAUCAUCAUCUAUACCAUCAGAUGUUGUUCAGCCUGCUAUUCCUUUACCACCAAAGGUUGAAACUGGAGAAGAAAAUGAAGAAGUUAUGUUUUGCAAACGAGCACGGUUAUUCCGCUUUUUUGCUGGAGAGUGGAAGAAACGAGGUAUAGGGAAUAUGAAAGUCCUUUUUGGUAGAAAUUCAAAGAAAGCCCGUUUACUAAUGCGAAGAGAUCAGGUUCUGAAAGUGUGCUUAAAUCAUCUUCUAAACAAAGAAAUUGUAUUAGAAUGGCGAGGUAACAAAUCUUUGACUUGGACUGCUAUAGACUUUUCUGAAAAUGAAGCAUCACCUGAAUUGUUUGCUAUUCGGUUUAAAACUAGUGAAUUGGCACAACAGUUUAAGGACGCUAUAGAUGAUGCAUUGAAAUUGAAUGCAUUGGCAGGUGAAUCGGAAGUGUCUAGUGAACAGGCUUGUACAACCACUAAAGUUGUGACAAACUUUUCAUUUAAAAGUGACUCUUCAGUUAAAACAGAACCUCCAUUUAAUGCUGGAUCUCUGUCAGCAUGUUUUGGAACAACUUUGCAGGGUAAAUCAUUAUUUGGAAAUUCGGCAAAUGUUUUAGGUACAACCGAAACUAAGCCCUCUUCAUCAGUGUCUCCAUUUUUCCAGACUGAUAAACUUGGCACAAAUUCAGUGUUUGGCCAGAAUGUGAAUUUUAGUACUAACAGCUCGAAAUCAAUUUUUGGAGGUCAUGGUCUUAAAUUUGGACUUGGUAAGUUUUGUGUUUCGUAAGACUUGAUUAAUAUUAUAAUUUGAUUAAUAAACUUGAUUAAUAUGCACUAAAAAUGAACUCAUUAGCAAAUGAAUAAGAUGUUUCUAGUGAACAGACUUCUACAGCCACAAAAGUUGUGGCAAACUUUUCAUUUGGAAGUGACUCUUCAUAUAAAACAGAUUCCAUUCAGAAACUAAUUUCCAUUCGGUGCUGAAUCUUUAUCAGCGUGUUUUGGAACAAAUUUACAGGGUAAAUCAAUAUUUGGAAAUUUGGCAAAUUUUUUAAUUACGACAGAAACUAAAGUCUUCUUCAAUAUCUUCAUUUUUCCAGUCUGUUAAACUCGGAACAAAUUCAAUGUUUGGUCAGAAUCUGAAUUUUUAGUACUGACGGCUCGAAAUCAAUUUUUGGAGAUCAUGGCUUUAAAUUUGAAUUUGGCAAGUUUUAUAAUACUUGAUUAAUAUUAAACCAGAAUUAAUUUUUCAUGUAAUGGUUGAUUGA